AUGACCCUUCGUCGUGCAGAUAAAUCUGCAAUUAAGUUAAAUAAAAUUCGAGAUCGAAUGACAAUUCAUCAUUCAUUGGCGAUUAUCAGUGGAAACAUAUUGGGUGCCGAUAGUGAAGUUGUCACUUUGGUUCGCGAUGAUGGAGUUUCAUUUGCUUGGCCGAUCAUUGAUUCUGCUUUUAAAUGUUUUGCUCCAUUGCGAGAGGGUCCAAAUACGAUAACAGUUAACGGAGAAACAAUUUUACCAGUUUCCGUUGAAUUUGAGAUUAAUUACAAACCACAAACGGAGAAUCAACGGUGUCUUCGAGUAGUUUAUUUGAUCUGUCGCGAUGAAUGGGGUGAAGUCUUUGAAAAGGGUUGUUUCCAAUCGACUCCUGGUGAUGAUAAUUCCCUUCGAUCGGCUAAGGAAAAAAUUUCACUCGCAGUUCUAAUGAUGCAAACAUUUUUCGGCGAAACUGUUCCCGCUCAUCAUACAUUCCAAGUGGAACUUGAUGAAAAUGGUCAACCAAUGGUCUACACUUUUACCCUUGAGCAAACAUACAAAGAAUUGUGGUCAAUGGAUCAACAACAAUUAUGGGAUUUGGUGGCCGAUUGUAUCUUGUCAUCUAAAUUGUCUAAUGUUAAUUGCAAGUUUGGCUUUUGCUCAUUUUCUCGAUAUGUCUGUGAACCAGGUUCUGGUCGAACGGAAAACAGUCUAACAACACUUGAUAUUCGUAAAAUGACUCGAGGCUAUGUCGCUCUUGGAGGCGGUGGGUUGGCCCUUUUAUCGACUUCUUGCCUUUACGCUUGGCCCAAUAGGAUCGAUCAAAUUGUCGAAUGUUUCACCGAUAACCGAUUGAUUGAUCGAACCAUUUUGAUGGACGACAGUGGAAACAGAGGAACUUAUUCUGGCUGCUAUGCGACGACAUUAGGAGCUUGUGUCCAUGAGUUGGGACACAUUUUCGAUUUGGGUCAUAGUUCAACUGGAAUGAUGUCUUCUCAUUAUCCGGAUAUCGAUAGAUUUUAUUUAGUUAAGCCUGGUGAAGAGACGGCAUCAAACAAAUGGUGGGACAGAUCAUCGGCUUUAAUUUUAACGAGCCACAAAUGGUUCAAUAAUUUUCCAGAAUCAAGAGAUGCAUUUAAAUUAAGCGAUUCCACUUUAAGGUCACGUUAUGGAGUUCAAGUGAUCGAGUAUCGAGGAGCCAAUGGAGUAAUCAAAAGAUUUCGAGAAUUUUUCUUGGCCAGUAAAUGGGUUAAACUUGAAAUAUUUCCGGACGAUGCUUAUAUUGUGGCCAUGGAUGUGAAGGGGAACAUGUUCAGGAAAGAAUUGAAUGUAACAAGUUGAACAGAUCGAUCAACAAUCAACGAGAUUAAAAAGAAGAUUAAAAUUUUAUCUAAUGAAAGACAAGAAAAAAAACUCAAUUGAUAAAAACGCUUAA